AUGCCAGCAGUUCCAAAGCUUUCCAAGAUAGACACUAACCAGGCUAAUGAAAUAGAAGUAGAUACUGAGCAGACCAAUGAAAUAGAGGUAGAUACUAACAAUUCAGAAACAAAUGAAAUAGAGGUAGACACUUUAGAAACAAAUAAAAACAUUUAG